GAAGCCAUUUUCUAUCAAGCAUGCAUAGUGAACCAAUACAGUGAAACUUGAAAUCCUGUAUACGCGUUGAAAUACACGCAGCAUCAUAUUUCUAUCAAAUCUAGGAGUUUUGUAGUGACUACAUUUCCGUGCGAUAAAAGUAAAUAUUGCAAAACGUUCAGAAUCUUCCUUACAGGAAGAGCAAUUUUUUCUCUCCUAAAAGUGGCACAAUGCCGCGUCUACCAGUUUAAAUAGAUCGUAAAGAAUAUCGAACGAAGAUGAUGUUUUGCUGUUUGAGAAAUUGUUUUGACGGCCUUGGCUUUACCGAAACUCAAACGCCGAAGAGGGAUCUUAAUCCUAUAGCUUUAGAUACAUGUUUCAUGGGACAUGAAGUUGUUAUAGUAAAAGACGGCCUAAGAGUGUGUGGUUGUGGUGGUGCCUUAACAAAUGCCCCUCUCGUCCAAAGUAAAAGUUAUUUUGAAGUUAAAAUACAACAAGGUGGUAUAUGGGCAAUAGGAUUAGCUACUAGGUCCACAGAUCUCAACAUUGCAAUAGGAGGAAACGACACUGAAAGUUGGGCUCUUAAUUCUGAUGGAAUCAUAAGGCACAAUCGGCAAGAAUUACAUACAAUUCAAAGUCUGGUUCAGGAAGGCGACAUUAUUGGUGUGUCUUAUGAUCACGUAGAACUUAAUUUCUAUAUGAAUGGAAAAUCAAUGGAUGCCCCAGUUAUGGGGAUAAAAGGAACUGUGUAUCCAGUACUUUAUGUGGAUGAUGGGGCCAUUUUAGAUUUAAUUUUGGAUAACUUUGCUCAUCCCCCACCUACAGGUUUUGAAAAAAUAAUGUUGGAGCAAUCAUUACUCUAGCAGAACAAGUUACACAUGACAGUAUCGAUCUCUAUAGAGCUUGAUACUUACAAAGGUCUGUAUGUCCAUCCUCUAAGUUAUCUAAUAUUAAAGUACAGAGUCCAAAACUAUUCUAAUUUUAGACAGAAAGUUCUAAAAUAUAAUUCUAUGAAUAAGAAAUUCUUUUAAUAAUAAUGUAUAAAUAUAUUUAACUAGAAAUUGCAAAAUAAACAUUUUACUUUAUA